AUGCAGCAAUCCACUAAUCCCUCGAGCAGCUCCGACAAGUUCGGAAAGCUCAACUGGGACGAAGAGUGUGAGGAGAUGAUCGAAACCACUAACCCUUCGAGCGACAUUGACAGUUUCGGAAAGCUCAACUGGGACAAUGAGCUUGACGAGAUGAUCGAAGCUUCCAAGCAAGAUGCCGAUGACACCGCGAAGCCUCACUCCGAGACCUCCACUAACACCCUUGAGAAGACUGAAGACUCCGCUUCAGAGACCAACAGCACUACAUACCUCAAGCCUACGGAAACCAAGACCACUACUGUGGAACGCGACGACUCACCUCCAGAUAGCAAUGCGACACCCACCGAGGGUAACAACGACAUGGAGCCUGAGGCAGAGCCUACUCCGGUUUACUACCAAGAAACCGUUUACGAAAUGUUGGCCAAGCACCGCGCACAGCACCCUGGAUAUACUACCUCCGAAAGCCCGCCCUUGCACUCCGAGCACACCACCUCGCCUGAAGUUUGUAACUGGGCAUCCGCAAGGCCACUCGUUAUAGACCGCGAGACCAUCAUCAACGAAGCCCUCUUCUCUGAAGAUCCCGGUCCCGAUUAUCUCCGUAAGGCCAGCGUCCUUAUGUGUGCUGAGUCGCACUGGUACGCGAUUCCCGAGGGAAUAUGGUACCAGUACCCCUACAUGGCCCAGGGCGAAAAGAUCCCCUCCGAGUUCCUUCCUCGGCGCGGUUCCAAGGGACGGAAGUCUGUCAUGAAGCGUGGUGUCCCAGACGACAUCUACACACCCAAGGGAUCUCGCUGGACAAAGAAUGCUGACUUCUUCCCCCUUGAUGGUUAUGCUUACUACCCUGCGCCGUCUCGCCUGAAUAUCGUGGAGACUGCAGACUACUCCGAGAAUGACGACAGCAGCGAGACAUUUGAGGAUACCCAAGAUGACUUCGAUGAUUCUCCUACACUGGCGAUUGAGCUCAUGGAUGCAGGCGAGAAGCUCGACGAUUCUUCUUCUACCUCUUCUCUCUUUACACUGGAGACUCUGGAGACCGAGCACAUGGACACGUACGAGCAGUUCGACGAUUCCUCCUCUUCUUCUUCUUCCCUCUCUACACUGGAGACCCUAGAGGCUGAACUCAAAAGGGUUGGCGAGAAGUUCGAUGAUACUUCUUCUUCCUCCCUCUUUACACCGGAGACUCUGAAUACUGAGCUCAUGAACAUUGGCGAUCAGUUUGAUGACUCCUCUUCUUCCCCCCUUACACUGGAAUCUCUGGCGACUGAACUCAGGAAUGCGGGAGAGAAGCUCGACGAUUCCAGCUUCUUCUCUAGCAUCGAGCAGUCCGAGAUCGUCGAGGGUCUGAGCUUGGACUACGAGACGAUGGACUACGAGACGAUUAAGAUUGAUGUGGAGGAGAACGACCACAUUGACACCAACUCUGAGGGAAGCUUUGAAGACAUCGACCUCGACAGCAGUGAUGGGUCACUGGCCGAUACCAACGCCGAGGCCUGCGACAAUGCCCAGUCGCACGACCUUACUGUCAUCCAUACUAAGAAGAUCGAUGGCUCUGAUGCUUCUAUGGAGUUCCAUGUUGACGAGGACUUGGACAUCACCGACUCCUCAUACAUCACCGACUCCUCAUACAUCACCGACCCCUCAGACAUCACAACCCCUUCCGAGAGCAGCCUAACCUCUUCAAGUAGCACAGCCUCUUCAGACAGCAAAACCCCUUCAAACAGCACAGGCUCCUCCAACCCUAGCAAGACUCUGGUGAUGGACAGCAACGAAGUAGGAUACGAAGUCGAGGAUGACUUCAACAAGGUCAAGCAGCUCUGUCGCAGCCCACUCGAACAACUAAUCAAUGCCGAAGGCGCCUCCGCCGGUUCCACUCCGCAGACAGGCAGCUCCGAAGGUAGCACCUACAGCUUGAAGCCCCUUCCGACCCUGCCCAAGGGAUGCGUGUGGACUGCUCACUCUUACAUUGCGCGCAAGGGUCAUCGCAUCUUCAUUUCUAACGGCAUGGACAUUGCUGACCCUGAAAACUCACCAUGCGGCAAGAGCGCCGUUGAUAUGGAUGAGGAGCUCGCUGAGCUGGAGGAUCUCAGUUUCGUCUCUCCUGAGGACAUCAUGCAGCUGGGUUUGGAUGGCCCUAUUGACAUCUCUGAGUUAUCUGCCGAGGAAGAUGCCCCUCAAGAGCCAGAGAACCUCGCUGAGGCCACUGACCAUGCUGACACCAGUGGCCUCGCUGACACCCCUCAAGAGCCGGAGAGCCUCAUCAACACCACUAAUCACGUCCACAUAACUGACCAAGUCAAGACCAUUGAUCAUGUCGACACCACUGAUCACGUUGAUACCAUUGAUAACUUCGGCACCACUAACUAUGCUGAUACCAAUAACUCCAGUGGCACCAGUAACCUCGUCGGCACUACUCAGAAGUCGGAAAGCCUCAUCUACACCGCUACCCACAUCGACACCAGCAACUCCCUUGGCAUCACUGCUCCCACUGAUACCACCGAGGCCACCCAUACCACUGCCCUCACUAACAUCACUUACUCAUCUGCUGACUUGAAGUCGGCUCCCGUCUUCGUAGACGUACUCACGCGGAAGAGCGGCACACUCCGGAAGCACCCCAUCUACAACGUCAUGGGAUGGACGUGCGUGCUCGAGGCUGCCAACAUUGCAAUGGAGAAGGAUCUCAGCAGGCAGCCCGCUUGGAAGUUCCUGAAGGCCGGCCCACUCACGGAGACCUGCAAGGAGCUGGUCAGGCAGCAGAAGCUCCGUCAGCCGUCGGCUCCUCCUCAGGAAACUCAGAAGCCUCACCGCACUGGUGGCCUCGUCAGCAACAUGUUCACUUCGGCGGCAAAGUCCGUCUCUGGCUUCUUUCAGAAGAAGUAA